UUGCCUUUAAAAACCACACAAUCUCAAACCAAACAUAUUAUAACCAAAAUUUUAUUGAAAAAAAAUUAAAAUGGAAUCGUUAAAUUUUCACAAAAUCAAAUUAGAGAAAGCAAACGCUAUGUUAAGGUACAAAAAGCGUCAAAACGUGACAAUAUUGUUCCGUUUCAUAGAAUUCUGCAUAUUUUUCGCCAUAAUCUCAAGAUUUUCUACUCGAUUUCCACUCAAUUUCAAGCUCUCGAUCGAGUGUUUCAAGGGACUUGGUGUUACCCUCAUUAGUCCUCGAUUCGUCUUUGUUCUGGGAAACAGCAUUGUCAUCAUCCUCUUCUUGAAAUCAGGACAUUCAUCUGGUAAAGAUGGAUCCACAGACAACGUUAAAAUGGAUUUGUACGAUGAGUACAAGCAAAAAUGUUCCAUGAACUAUGAACAGACCAAGAAACAGAGCAUUCUAGCAGCAAAUACUUAUUGUGAACAGAGUAAAAAACAGGGGAAACAGAGUAUUCUAGUAGAAAACGCUUACUAUGAGCAGAGCAAGAAACAGGGGAAACAGAGCAUUCUAGUAGAAAACGCUUACUGUGAGCAGCGCAAGAAACAGGGGAAACAGGGCAUUCUAGUAGAAAACGCUUACUGUGAACAGAGCAAGAAACAGAGUAAACAGAGUAUUCUAGUAGAAAAUGCUUACUUUGAGCAGAGCAAGAAACAGGGGAAACAGAGCUUUCUAGUCGAAAAUGAUUACUGUGAACAGAGCAAGAAACAGAGGAAACAAGUGCAGAGACAAUUAGUAGAAAAAAGACUUAACCGUAGCCAUUCAGAGAGCUUUACCAGUAUAUCUCAUGGUGAGAAGCCUAGAAAAGAAUUGAUCCGGUCGGCUACAGUAGGGUGUUUGAAAGUUAUACGCACUGACAAUGUAAAAUCGGUGGAGGAUGAAAUGAGUAACGAAGAAUUCAGGAACACUGUUGAAGCAUUCAUUGCAAGACAACAGAGGUUUUUAAGGGAAGAAGAGUUAUUUUCAUCUGUUGUAUUAACAUAAACAGAGACAUCAAGUGUUUUAACUAAUAUACAUUAUUAGGUUGUUGAAAUGUAAAUUAAAGAACAAAGAUAAAUCUCUAAUAGCAGGAGCUGCAAUUCUACCUACCAUAUGAUUUUUAUCACAACUCUCAAGCUUUUGUCAACAUAAGAUUGAGUUAUUUUAUCAGA